GUGCAAUCUGUGUUCGUAUCAAUCACGCUGCCCUCCUGGAACUAAAGAAUUUCUAGGAGAGAAGAAAUAUUGCAUCUACACUGAAAACUUUAUGGGAAGGACAGCCAUUCAUAUUGGAUGCCAGCCAAAGUGUAUUAAAACGAUCAUUACCAGAGAAUGCUGUGCAGGUUUCUUUGGUCAACAGUGCCAGCCCUGUCCAGGGAAAAGUGGAAAUGCCUGCUUUGGAAAUGGCAUCUGCUUGGAUGGUGUUAAUGGUACAGGCGUGUGUGAAUGCGAAGAGGGGUUUAAUGGAACAGCCUGUGAGAAAUGUAUUGAAGGCAAAUAUAGUCGCAACUGCAAUCAAGAAUGUGCUUGUGUCCAUGGGAAAUGCAACAGUGGGAUUGAGGGCGAUGGCUCCUGUGAGUGUGACGUUGGCUGGAGAGGUGUGAAAUGUGAGAGCGAAAUCAAAGAUGAUGCCUGUAACAGUACAUGCCACACCAGCGCUAACUGCCUCCUCAAGCCUGAUGGCACUGCAUAUUGCAAGUGUGCAGCUGGCUUUACAGGGAAUGGAACGCACUGUACAGCUAUUGACGCAUGUGAGACCAGCAAUGGUGGCUGUUCUGUCAAAGCAGAGUGUAGAAAAACUACUCCAGGAAACAGAGUAUGUGUUUGUACAGCUGGAUACACUGGAGAUGGAAUAGUCUGCCUUGAAAUCAACCCUUGCUUAGAGAACAACGGUGGAUGUGAUAGAAAUGCGGAGUGCACUCAGACUGGACCCAACCAGGCCGUGUGUAAUUGUUUGAAAGGAUAUUCAGGAGAUGGUAAAACAUGCACAUACAUCAAUCUGUGUUUAUCGAAUAACGGUGGCUGCAGUGAAUCUGCAAUCUGUAAUGAUACUGAGCUGACAGAGAGGACCUGCACCUGCAAACCUGAUUACGUUGGGGAUGGAUUUAAAUGCCGAGGCAACAUCUACCAGGAGCUCCUUAAGGAUUCCAAUACUACUGAUUUUUAUUUCCAUCUCAAGGCCCUUGCUCUCAAAGAUAUUGCGGGUUCUGGUCCUUUCACUGUGUUUGUACCCAAUAAAGAAGCAUUUAAUAAUGAACCAAAAAUUAAAGACUGGAUUGUCAAUGGAGUGAUGCCCCAGAUCCUUAGGUACCAUAUGGUGGGCUGUGCCGGACUUCUCUAUAAUGACCUGACAACAAUUACAAAUGUCACCUCACUCCAGGGGGACCCCAUCCACGUCACUUUCUCACAGAAUUCAGUGUAUCUGAAUACCAAGGCUAAGAUUAUAUUCAGCGAUACUGUCAGCACAAAUGGUGUGAUACACAUCAUAGACAAAAUCCUGCUUCCACAACACAUGCAGGAUUUCCCUAAGAAGGAAUCAGGCAUUGAGUGGGAAAGCCUUAAAAUGGUUGCAGCCAAACAAGGAUACAUCAUGUUCAGCAACUUGCUAGAGAAUGCCGGUUUGAUGAGUGUAAUCAAUGAUCCUCUUCAUAAACCAGUCACCUUGUUCUGGCCUACUGAUGAAGCUCUCAGAGCUCUGCCUAAGGAACAGCAGGAUUUCCUGUUUAAAAAAUCUAACAAGGACAAACUGGUGCAAUAUCUGAGAUUUCAUGUCAUCAGAGAUGCUAAGGUUUUAGCCUGUGAGCUCCCCAGCUCCAAUUCUCUGAAGACCCUUCAAGGUUCUGAUCUCAGUGUAAAAUGUGGGGAUAACAACUCUAUUGGUGACCUCUUUCUGAAUGACAGGAGGUGUAGGAUAGUGCAGCGGCACAUAGAGUUUGAUGGUGGCAUUGCUUACGGGAUUGACUGCAUGUUAAUGGACCCCACCCUUGGCGGGCGAUGUGACAAUUUUAUCACUGCAGAUUUUACGGGGGAUUGUGUUGGCUGUUACAGUAAUCCUAAAUGCCCUACAGCGACUAAACCGAAGGGAGGGAUUCAGAAGUGUACAUACCAAUUCUAUGGAAGGAGCUUAGAUGGCUGUCGCCAGGAUUGUACGAUGGUCGUCUGGAUUGCAAAAUGCUGUCAAGGCUACUAUGGGCGAGACUGCCAAGCCUGCCCAGGAGGGCCAGAGACCCCAUGUAAUAAUCAUGGUUCAUGUAACGACGGAUACUCAGGAACCGGAGAGUGUAAAUGCAACAGUGGCUUCAAUGGGACUUCAUGUGAGCUGUGUUUUCCGGGAAGAUAUGGCUCUGACUGUAAACCCUGUAGCUGCAAGGCCCAUGGGCAAUGUGAUGAAGGAAUCUCUGGAUCAGGACAGUGUUUCUGUGAAACAGGAUGGACUGGUCGAUUCUGUGAAACCAAACUAGCUCUGCUGCCUGUGUGUUCACCUAAUUGUUCUAGUAACGCCGUCUGCAAAGAAAACAACAUGUGUCAGUGUAAGCCAUUUUAUGAAGGAGAUGGAAUCACAUGUACAGCUGUGAAUCUUUGUAAACAAAACAAUGGUGGGUGUCACCAGAAUUCAAAAUGUACCCAAACGGGCGUGAAAGUCCUUUGUAGCUGUCAGAAAGGAUACACAGGAGAUGGCCGCACCUGCCUUCCUAUAAAUCUUUGCGCUGAUGGGCUCAAUGGUGGUUGCCAUGAACAUGCCAUUUGUACAAUGACAGGACCUGAUAAACGCAAAUGUGAAUGUAAAGAUAACUAUGUUGGUGAUGGACUUGACUGCACUGUGAUGCAGCUUCCAGUUGACCGUUGUUUGCAAGACAACGGGCAGUGCCAUGCCAAUGCAAACUGUGCCGAUCUUCACUUCCAGGAUGCGACAGUUGGAGUUUUCCAUUUGCGCUCUCCCCAAGGGCAGUACAAACUGACUUAUGAAAAAGCAAAGGCGGCCUGCGCCAAUGAAGGGGCAACAAUUGCUACAUAUAAUCAGCUGUCAUAUGCUCAGAAGGCACAAUACCAUUUCUGUGCUGCUGGCUGGUUAGAUAGUGAACGAGUUGGUUAUCCAACUGCCUUCUCUUCCCCAAACUGUGGAUCAGGAUUUGUUGGAAUAGUUGACUAUGGGCCUAGAACCAACCUGAGUGAAACCUGGGAUGUCUUCUGCUACAGAAUCAAAGAUGUGAACUGCACGUGCAAAACUGGCUAUGUAGGUAAUGGCUUCACAUGUAGCGGGAACCUGCUACAAGUCCUGAUGUCUUUCCCCAUGCUUACAAACUUCUUGUCGGAAGUCCUAGUUUACUCUAACAGCUCCACGAAAGGCAGAGAGUUCCUGAAAUACUUCACAAACUUGUCAACCCGGGCCACUCUCUUCGCCCCAAACAAUAAUGGGCUAAGAGAAAAUGAGACACUUUCUGGACGAGACAUUGAGUAUCAUCUGUCCAACACCAGCACAGUGUUCUAUGAAGACUUGACCAAUGGGACUACUCUUCAAACAAGGAUAGGGAAAAGACUCUUAAUUACAUACAGCAGAGGCCAAGGUUACCAAAUCCCAACAACAAAGAAGAAUGAGACCAGAUACGUGGAUGGAAAAUCUAUUCUUGAAUGGGAUAUCAUUGCUUCCAAUGGAGUAAUCCAUGUCAUUUCAGAGCCCUUAAAAGCUCCUCCUCCACCUGCUUCUCUCCAUGCUGGAUAUGGAACAGGAAUAUUCUUCGCCCUCAUCCUGGUUAUUGGAAUCGUGGCUUUUGUCGGGUACUCGUACUUCAGAUUCAAGAGGAGAAAUAUUGGCUUCUGGUAUUUCAAGGAUUCUGAUGAACAGCAGCUUGUAAUGAGUGGGCCUCAUGAUCAGUUUUGAAGACUGAAGCUGAAAUUAACAAUGAAAAAACAUUUCUCUACAGUCUAAAAUUAACAUUUACCGUGAAUAAGCCCUGCCUAAGCACUUGAGGGGAAAAAAAUUACCUUUUAUAAUUUUUUUUAAAGUGUUUAAAAUGUAGUCCUAGGUGUUUAAGACAGAAUUUGCUGAAAAGUUGGUUGCAUGUAAGGAAUAUCAAGUUCCAUUUUAAACAAAUACAAAAUUAACGUAGAAAUGUAUUCCUCUGCCUAGGAGACAUUUAAAGGUUAUUUCUAUUUAAGGACAUAGCAGUUGCUAAACAACAGCCCACGAUGACUUACAGUUUUUCAGAACACCAUGUAGCCACUUUGAUUUACAACGCCCGUCUUUCUGGAACAAGAUCAAACAGCCUCCUAAACACAUAGUCCUGAUGGCCUCUGAUGACUGUACUUGGAGGAUGUACUCUGUGUUUGCUACCCUUGUGUCUUUAUAUCUCAUUUUGUCUUGGGGUCGAAUCCAGAAGUGGCUGACAAGCAGCAAAACCCGCAAAUAUUGCUUAAUAGCAUUAUGACCUUCAUUUUUAAAACUGUUUGAUUUUAAUGCUUUUCCUUCUAAAAAGUGAAUUAACUGCAAAUGCAAGCACAGUAUGUCUGGUUUGCCCACUCUGAGUCAUUUAUAGAUUCUUUGCAUCAUUGUUAUGAGGAAGAAAUAUUCCUUGUAGAGGAAUUAAUGAGGAAUGCAAGUUAUGUAUGACUUAACCUUGUUUCAUUCUUUUAUUUCAAGUCAUUUUUGUGCAGAAUAGACAUUCUGCUUGUUUACUGCCUGCUUUGCCUUCCCCAUUCACUUUUCAGUGGUCUGUGUAAAGUAAAAAAAAAAAAAAAAAAAAAUCUUCUGCCUUGUCACUGUAGUGUAUUUGUGUCAACUCAGUUACACCUGAGAUGCAAAUUUUAAAUGAACAGUAAUAGCAGCUGCUGUUUCUACCUGUACUAUAGUAAAAUAAAUAAAUAAAAUAAAGUUGGGGGUGGGGAGGGGAGGAAAUUGAGUCUUAAAUGAUGAAGCAAGUCUCCAGCUGACUGAAAAGGCUACAUAACACAGUAAACCUCAAGGAGAGAAUUUUAUGUUUGUGAUAGCAGUGGUGGUAACAUUUCAUUUCAACUAUAUAUUUACUGCAUUCUCUUUUGUAACAAGUCAUUUUUUGUGUAGCACCAGAUUGCUUUCAUAUAAAUAUCCCAGGAUCUUUCAGAUUAGGCAAUACAAGCAAACCACAUAGGUUACAGUAGCACAAUGUAUGUCUACAAUAUAAUUUAACACCUGUGGGUGGCCUGUGUUAGAUGGUUUGGGCUUGGACUGCAGAGUUGUAAAAUUGUGGUGUAGAUGUUCAGGCUGACAUGGACAAGCCACAGGUGUUUAAUUGCAGUGUAGAUAUACCCAGAGAGACCCAGCACUUGUUGAUGUAGUCAGGCUAGUGUGAGGAAUUCCAAGUUUAAAGGGUACAUGAGUGAACAAGUGAGGCAAAGACUACAGCAAUUUUCAUGUCUAUCCCCUCCCUUCCUGUUCUCCACAUGCACAUUUUUACUUAAAUUGAAUUUAAAAAAAAAUCAUCUAGGAUAGUUUUCCCACUUAGUAGGCCCAGCUAAUAAGCUUCCUGCCAUCCCCUCCCUGUCAUCAAAAAGAUUAAGGCUCUUUAGGGACCAGAUAAAACACAUGCAUUUAUUUUUGUAGCAAUCAUUAAAUAUUCUUCACAUAAAGUAACAUUUUCUGAUCAUUUAUUAAUCAAACUUAAUUUUUGCACUUCUGAUUUAGAUUAAAUAUAGACAAUUCAUCUCACUCUGGUUGAGUUUAAAUAUACUCCAAAAUGAAUAUAGACACACUGCAUUUGAAACAUGCUGUAAAAUCUGCAUGAGAGAAGCAAUCUGGCAGUGUUAACAAAGGUAAUUAAUACAGGAAGUAGGAGGUACACAGCUCAAGAAUUCUGAAGCAGUUACAAAAAUACCAAAAUACAUUUUUAAAGUUAUGCUGAAGUAGAAAGAGCACUCAAACACUGAAGCAUAUUCAUGUAUUUAUAUUUUCAAAAACCACCAGUUUUAAAUUCAUAUUGUACACGGUAUGCUUGAACCCUAAUCCCCUGUAACUAAAAAUGUCAUGCAAUAUAAAUAAAUAAAUAAAAAUCAUACUAGCUGCUUUCCCUCAGCUCUCAAAGCAAUCAACACCAAGCAUAACAUAACAUUCUACUGUAUUUUAAGUUAGGUUGAAGUUUUUCAUCUUGAAACAAAAUGUACAGUAAAUGGUUGGAUAAAAUAUUCCCACACAACAAUUUCACUGUUCCUUGUUUAAACACACUUUAGCAGUGCUCAGAAGGACUCACUCUUUACCUAGAUUUAGAAAAUUAGGCAACAAAGGCUCAUGUCAAGAGCCAUAAGCAUCAAAGUGUUCUAACAAAUGUAACCACUCAAUUUUUAAAAUGUGACAUUAACUAUUAUCUGCUGGUACUAAAUCAGAUGGAAAAAAUAUACUGUCUAUUUUCUCUUAAACUAGUUAUGCUCUGCUCUCUAUACUCUAUAAAGCACUUUUGCUAUCCUUUGGGAUAUGAAAUGUACUAUGUACAGUAACACCAAGUUUUGUUCUAUCUUUGCAUGAUAACACACAAAUUG